AUGUUUGAAGCUGAUUUUGAAGGUAAAGUGGCAAAUUUAAUCCUUUACAAGCAGAGUUCAGAAAUAUUUAUAAAUCUACAAUUUUCCAUUUAUUUGUGAAAAAUUUUUUUAAAAAUUCUUACUGAUCUCCUGUCUUUCAUCGGCUUCUGUGAUGCCUUUGACACAUCUUUCAUUAAAAAAAUCACUUUUUUUAUUAGUAUAAUUAAUCAAAAAAAGAGAAAAAGAAUUUGAAAGAGCCGAAAAGCGACUUUUGAUUUACGAGGUCGGAAAACCGUGCCGCAGGCUUGCACGACUAUGCUCGCGUGUCGCUCCGCCCACAAAGUCGUGUGAUUUUGAUGGCUUUCUCUCAAGUUUUGUCAUUAUUCCUUCAUUAACUCGCUUCGUAAUAAUUAUUUAAAUUUAGAAAUGGCAAAAAAGAAGUCUAUAACUCCAAAGCCAGCGAAAAUAGACAAAAAAGUCGCGUUUAAUGAGCCGACGACGGCAAGGUUAGUUUUUGUACUAUUUAUGUCGUUUUUUUUCAAUUUUUUUGGUAGUUGUUCAAUUUUUAGUGUUCCACACACAAGUGGCGGCCUGAAACCUUCGCCAUCGUUGAAUACUUUGAAUCGGUUGGAACGGGAAACGAUCGUUUUAUGGCGAAAACCCUUUCUGACGUUUUAUUAUGCAAUCAUGGAGUUGUUGCAUCUUUUUAUAGAGUUUAUUGUCAGGUUUGCGAUUUUAACGACCUUUUUUCAAUAAAAAUGUAAUUUUCAGGUUAUUUGACCAUAAAUUACUGUUAUUUUUGUUCACAAUCGUCGCUUCGGGUUUUUCCUACGCUUAUGUGACCCCAGGACCUCAUCAAGUACAUAUCCAAUCGGUUGAAAAGACGGUUCUGUGGUGGGGAUGGUGAGUUUUCGAUUGAAAACGCGAAAAAAAAUAGAAUAACCAAGUUUUUGUACAAAGUUUCAAUUAAAAACCAGAAGAAAAAAAUUUUUUCUAUCGGUUUUUCGAUAAAUUUAUUUAUCUGUUGUCGAUUUUUUUCAUUCUCCUCAUUCUUAAGUUCAUUAUGAUGGAUUCCCAAUGCUAUAUUUCAAUUUAAACUCACUAAAAAAUCGAGAAAUAUUUCAAAAUAUCAAUUUUAGGUGGGUAUUUCUUGGCGUUUUGUCUUCAGUUGGCCUCGGAUCGGGUCUUCACACGUUCCUUAUCUAUUUGGUGAGUAUAAGGAUGAUUUAUUGAUAAAGUUAAGACGCUUUUUAAAAGUUCGUACGGACCUAAAAAUAUGUGGAAUAUUUUUUUUUGUUGGUUUUCUUACGAGUUUUCUCGAUGUUUAACUGUUUUUUUGAACAUCUCAACGUUAUUUUAAUGAAAAAUUCUACUGUUUUUUUCUUUUUGUGAAUAGCUCAAGGUUCAAAAUCUAAAGUACGAUACUCGUAGCCGUCAAUUUUUCAGACGUUUUUAAAGUACGGACAUUUUCAGAAAUUUUUGAAAAACGAUUUUUUUUGCUACUUCCACCUAUCACAAUAAUUUUUUUCAAUAUUGAAUAUUAAAAAGUUUUUUUCAAUUUUUUUCGAAGCUUUCAAGAAAGUUUGAAACGUUUUAAUUCUGAAAAACGGUUUUUUUCUCCAUUUAUGCUCAAAUUUUCUACAGUUUCCAUGAUUUUUUUCGACUCAUUUUUUUGAAUAUUUCAGUUCAAAAAUCUCAAAAAGUGUUUUUAUUUUCCAGGGCCCCCCACAUUGCCGCGGUAACUUUGGCUGCAUAUGAAUGCGGAACUUUGGAUUUUCCUGAACCCCCAUAUCCGUCAAGGUUCUUUUUCUUUAAUUUUCAUGAAAAAUUUUUUUGAUUUUUUUCACCUUCGAAUUUAAUUUUUUUAAUAGAAAGAAUGAUCUUUCAGUGAUUUUGCUUCAUUUUACAUGAAAAUUUGUUGGAUUUUGAAUGGGAAAACAAUUUUUCAGCAUUGUCUGCCCGGAAAAGACAACCCGUAGGGCGGUUACUCUGUGGCAAAUUGUUUCGAAGGUUAGUUUUAGAGAUUAAUUUAAUUAUGAGACAUAUUUUUCAAGCUUUUAUAAGCUUUGUAACGGGGGAAUUUGUGUUCGAAAUGUGAAAAAAAGAUUUUUCUUUUUUUAAAAAUUUUUUUAUUUCAUAAAUAUUUAUUAAUUUGUCCAGUUUAAGAGGUAGUUGGGCAGUUUUUUUCUUGUAUUAUGAACUUCUUUGAAAAAAAUUAUGAGCUUUUUAAAAACCGGGAUUCACGAAAUUAAGUCAAGAAAUUGAUGGAAAUUUACUCAAAUUAACACAUUUUUCUCUGAUUUUUUUAAUUUUUCAAGAACUUUUUUUCAAUUUUUUUCUAGUUUAGAAGUUUUUUUGAAGAGUUUUUUUGUAUCUUUUUUUAAUGUCUCUGGAAAAAAAUUUAUGAGUUUACAAAAAAAUCGAAAAUUACGAAUUUUAUUCAAAAAAAGAUGGAAAAAUUACUCAAAUUAACAAGUUUUUUUGAAAUUUCUUUCAAAAUUUGAAGAAUUUUCGAAAUUUUUUUAUUUUUUUAUUCAUUUUUUUCAAACUUUACAAGCUUUCGAAAAGUUUUUUUGAAAAACGAAAAAAAUAACGAUUGGAAACCAAAAAAAUUGCUGAAAAAAAUCAACAAAAAUUAACAAGUAUAAAAAAAGUUUAUUAACAUUUUUUUCAAGGUCCGAAUCGAAUCUCUCCUCUGGGGCGCCGGAACGGCCCUGGGCGAACUUCCGCCCUAUUUCAUGGCCCGGGCAGCCCGACUCGGCGGCCAACAGCCCGACGACGAAGAGUAUCGCGAAUUCUUGGCCCAUAUGAACGCCGAGAGAGGCGGAAACUCGGAGGAACUCGUUCGUUUUCAAUAUUUCGAUAAGAAAAAAACUAAAUUUUUUUGAAGUCAGGUUGAAAAAUUCAAAAAUAAAGAAAGAAUAUCUCAGAAGACAGGAGUAAUUAAAAAGGUUUUGGUUUGAAUUUAUUCGAAAAAUCAUUGCUCUCUUCACGUUCUAAAAUUUUGGGGGCUACUUUCUCAACUAAUAUUCUUGAAUCUAGCUUUUGGUCUUCGCACGAAGUAGUGUGUGAAAUGAAGAGGUUUAGACGUUCGUGUGGUCUUUUUUUUGGUUUCUAAAUUGCGAAUUUCCCAAAGCUAGAGAGCAGGCGAACAAGAGAGCGUUUAGAGAAAAACAAACUAUUAAAAUUCUCUUUAACUUUCCAAGAUUCCAAAUGAGACUCAAGAUUGUAUUGUUUUUUUCAUGCUGGCUAGGUUUUUUGGCGGGUGUACCCGUAUUAAACCCGCGCCCUCUAGGGGACUCGGUUGGGCGAAAACUGGAAAACAACAGGUGUAAGAAAAAUUCGAGAUCAAACGGUCAGAAAAACAUUUUUUGGGGUAGUCCAGAGAAUAAACAGAAAAGAGGCCAAACAACCUCUGUAGGGCUCACUAACGCAAAAGUAGUCCCUAAAGGGGGCAUGCUACUCAAUAAUUUUCAUGAGAUCUUUUAGAAGAAGCAAUUCCAUGCAAAAAACUAUAAAAAAAUUUUUGUGAAAAGAAUUUAAUGACCCCUAUAGGGGCCACUUAUUCGGUCUCUACAGGGGCUUUUUUCCUGGCCUUAUAGAAACCACUCUAAACUUCCUAAGUAUAAUAACAAAAAGGGCUUCAAAAAAACAGCCCCCACAUUAAAAUUGGUGAAAAUUUUUUCAAAUGAUAGCAAGGAAAUUUUUUUGUUGUCAACAUGUGAACAAAAAUUCUUUGCUUAUUUCAAUUCAUUAUGAAACGUAAGGAAAUCAACUCGCAUGACCAGAAUAAAAGAAAAAGAAAGUCAUUAAAAAAAUUCGACGUGAAGUGAAAAAAAUCCAUUUUCAAAAAGUUGGUUUUUAGUUGUUCUGUGUUGAAUUUGGGCAAGAAUAUUCAGCUUGAUAAGCUCCGAAAGUCUGAUUCCCUAUUGGGUUUAAAUGGUGCCUCAGCUGUAUUAAAAUUCAAAACUUAUUAGCAGGGCUUUUACGGGUUUAGGACGGGUGCACCCGCUGAGAGCCCGGUUUAGCAUAGCCUUACCAGCAUGAGAAUAUGGGAACCUUGUCUUAAGUGAAACUAGAAAAUGUGAAAGAAAAUGAUUUUUUUUUUGUUCCUGAACUAUACUGACAAUUUUCUUGAUAGUUAAGAGAUUUCUUUUCAAAAAGCCUAGAUUGAUUGAUUGAUUUUUUCAAGUUUUUCACGUUCAAAAUCCUGAAAAUCGAUAAAAAUUGACGAUUUUCCAGUCGUUCAUGGACCGUUGCAAGGCGAAAAUGGAGAAAUUCAUCGCCCGGGUCGGUUUCCCUGGAAUCCUGCUCUUCGCCUCGAUCCCGAAUCCCCUUUUCGAUCUGGCUGGUUGGUUCUUUUUUUCAUAAAUAUUAGGAAAAAAAUUAUUCGUUUCUAAAAAAAGUUAAUUUUUUGCGUUUUUUAAGGAAAGUUUUAGAAAAAGCACAUUUUUCAACGAAUUCCGAAUAGUUAGAUGUUUUCUUGGAAUGGAUACUAGAUUAAAAAGUGGUCUCUAAAGGGCUCACAAAAAGAAAGUAGCCAUUUUUGCAUUUUUCUCGUAUAGUUCAUUUUUUAGAGGCUCCAAAUUCAAAAUUCAAAAUAUUGGAAAAGUUAUCUCUUAAGGGCACUAAAAAAAGACAUUUUUCUGUUUUUGUCGUCUUUUUAUCCAUUGGAGUUCAAUUUUUCUGAUGCGCGAAAUUCAAAAAAACUGAAAAAGUAGUCUCUUAAGGGCACUCGAAAUGAAAAUACCCAUUUUUUUAAUUUUUCGAUCCAUUGCAGUUCAAUUUUCAGGUGCUCAGAACUCAAAAAAUUGAAAAAGAAAAAUGAAAAAAAUGUCUCUGAAAAGUUCAAUUUUCUAUUUUCUUCAAUCAAGAAUUCAAUUUUCAGGCGCUUUAGAUUUUAAAAUAUUAAAAACAGAUUUAUUUUCUCUUUAAAACGAAGUUUUCGAGUAAGUUAAACAAAAAAAAAAUGAGAAUCCCUUUAGGGAUCACUUGCGGCCACUUUUUGGUCCCCUUCUGGUCGUUUUUUUCGGCGCGACGCUUCUCGGAAAAAGCCCUCGUUAAGAUGCAUGUUCAGGUUUAUAUUUUUUAUUCUAUAUGUAAUUUAUUCAUUACUUUUCUUGUGUUCUAUGCAAAUUUUUCAGCAGAUUGUCGUGUUUCCGGUCUUUUUCCAUGAUUUAUGUCCACGUAAAAGUUGAUUUUGAGAGCUUUUUAAAAAGUUAGAAUACAAAAUUAGGAAGAAAAAUGAUUUCACAGCUCCAGAAAGAAUUCUUUAAAAAAGGAACCUAGUGUAAGCAGUUCUUGGUGCAGUUUUUCAGAUUCUUCCAGCAAUUCAAAAAAAUAUUUUUCUAAUUUGAAGCUUUUUCGAUGAAGUUUUUAUUUUUUUUAAACGAUUUUAUGAAGUUUUUCAAGACCUAAAAGAGAAAAAAUGACUUCCGAAAGAUUUCAAGAAUUUUUGACGGUUUUUAAAGCUGGAAGCGUUUUCAACGACAUAUAAUUCUAAUAAAAUUACAUUUUUUUCUCAUUUUUAUUCAAACCUGACUCGAGUAAGUUGCAAGAAAUUAAUAUAAUGUCCAGAUUUUUAUGGGAGUUAGUAAUCAAAUGGGGGAUUCUUCAUAAUCGAGAAAUUUUUAAUCGAGAAUCGGAUAUAUAGUGUUCGUCUCUUAAAUGAACUCGAUCUCUUGUUUUUGAUUUUUUUCGAAAGUUGGAAGUUUUUUUCAAAAGUGUAGAAAAAUAAUGGUUUGAAAGCGUGUGAAUUUUUAGGGGGGUUGGUAGACCUAGGGCCUUUCUUUAAAAAAAUCCCAAAAAUGAUAUUUUUGAAAAAUUUAAAAGCUAGUUGUAUUUUUGGACAUCCAGAAAGUAUUUCAGAAAGAUUUUCAGGAAUUUUUGAACUUUCUGGAAAAAUUUAUAAUGGCCACUUAAGGGAUGAAAAAUUAGUGGCCCCUAUAAAGUUCUAAGUGCUACUACUAGACCACUAAAAAUUUUAGUGGCCACUUUAGGGACCAAUGGAUCAACAUAACUGGUCCAAUCUCUUUGCUUCAAAAUUAUCAGAGUUACUGGAAGAAAUACUGAAUGAAAAACUACUGAAGUGGCCAUUAUAGAGGCGGGUUUAGUGGCCACUUUAGUGUCCUCUCCAUGUAGUCCUUGGCGAGCCUCAACGGAACUAAAAAAAGAUCUUGAAAGUUUCAAACUGUAAAAAUCCAUAUUUUCUGAAAAAUAAUGACUCAAAACCCAAAGAAAACCAUCAAACUUUAUGAAAAUAGGCGCAUUUUGAGACUUUGAGUCUUUUUUUUUACGAAAAUUAGGCGCAUUUUGAGAAUUUCAGGAAAUUCCUGGCCAAUUUUCAGAAGUUUUCAAAGUCCAACAUGACAUUAUCCUUUCGAAAAUUGAUCUUUGCUCCAUUUUUUGGCCAUAAAUAACAUUCUCCAGAUGCUUUUCGUGAUCAUCGCCUUCUCUGAACACCACGCCGAGCACGUCGUCGACCUCCUGGAGAAGAUCCCCGUCGUCGGAUCUCAUAUCCGGAAACCCAUGCUCGAGUUGCUCACCAAACAGAAGAAUGCCCUACAUCGGACCCCUGGAACCCAUGUCGAACAGGUAUGGAUGAUCAUCUACGGUUUGGGGGCAAGGUGUAGGAUUUUUGGAGCUUUUGAACGUUCUGAAACGUAUGGUGAUCAUCUACGGAUUCGAAGAGGGAAAACGAAUUUUUGUUGGGAUUUUGUGGCUACCAAAAGCUCUGAAAGUUGUGAGGAUCAUCUACGGUUUGGGGGAGAGAAAUAGGAGUUUUUGGGAUUUUCUGGAGCUUCUGAACGCUCAAAAACUUGUGAUGGUCAUCUACGGAUUCGAGAAGGGAAUAAGGGUUUUUGUUGGGAUUUUCGGAGCUUGUUGACACUUUAAAAAUUGAGAUGAUCAUCUACUGAUUUAUGAUUUUUUGAGAUUUCUGGACCUUCUUGAAGCUCUGAAACUUAUCAUGAUCAUCUACCAAUUCGUGGAGGAAAAUAGGAUUUUUGGAACUUCUAAACGCUUUAAAAGUGAGAUGAUCAUCUACAGAUGGGAAUAAUAGAAGGCUACGUAGGAGUUUUUUUCUCGUCGUGAUCGGAGAUCUAGAAGCUCCUGAAAGGUCCGAUGAUCAUCUGCAGAUUGGAGGAAAAGUAGAUGUUUUGUGUGAACUUUGUCGCGCCAUUUUUACGUCAAAUAUAGCUUCUGAAGCUUACGAUUAUCAUUUACGGAUUGAAAGAGAAAAAUGGAGUUUUUUUUUUUGGGAUUUUCUGAAACUUCUGAAUGGUCUGAAACUUAUGAUGAUCAUUUACAAAUGAGAAAAUAAAAGAGGGUUUUUUUCUCGUCUUGAACGGAGAUCUAGAAGCUCCUGCAAGGUCUGAUGAUCAUCUACAUAUCGAGAUAGGGGAAUAGAAUUUUUUUUUCUGAGACCUUUUACGCUUUUCCCGCUUCAGAUAUAUCUUCAAGCUUAGGAUGAUCAUCUACGGAAUUGAGGAGGAACGUAGGAUUUUUUGGGAUUUUUUGGACCUUCUAGGAGCUCUGAAACUUAUAAUGAUCAUCUACGGCCUGAAAGAUAGUUUUUCCAGGGCAUUUUUCGAAUCUAAAGCUAAGAUCUAGCAGCUCCUGAAAGGUCUGAUGAUCAUCUACCGAUUGGAAAACGGAAAUAGAUUUUUUUUUUUUUGGGACUUUUCCGUUCUUCAGAUAUAGCUUCUGAACGCUCUGAAGCUUAGGAUGAUCACCUACAGACUGAAAUAGAAGUAUUGGUUUUUCAAAUUUUUGAAAUAAUGAUUAUCAUCUACGGAUUGGAGGGAUAAAAAGAUUCAUUAAAGAUUUUCUGCAGCUUCUGAACACCUUGAUAACGAAUUCUAUAUUUAUCAUCUACGGAUUUCUGUAGAAAAGUGGAAUUUCCUGGGGUUCCGGAGUGCUUUGAACUUCUGAUGAUCAUCUACGGCCUGAAAAAUAGUUUUUCCAGGGUGUUUUUUGAAUCUGUAGCUAAGAUCUAAAAGCUCCUGGAAGGUCUGAUGAUCAUCUACGGAUUGGAGGGAAAAUAUAAUUUUUUUUAAUUUUUGGAAGGUUCUUAGGGCUCGGAAACUUAUAACGAUCAUCUACAAAUUAAAGGGUGAAAAUAGGGUUUUGUUUGAUUUUGUAACGUCUUGAACAUUUCAGAGCUCCUCGACCCUCCAAGUCGCGCUGUCGAUGAUCGUUUCCUUGAUGAUUUUCGGCUUCUUGAUGUCGAUCGUCAACUCCUUGGCCCAAGGAUACCACAAAAGGCUCUACGACCGGACGAAGAAGCUCAAAAAUUCAAUAAAUAUUAUAUCUUUCCCCUUAGAAUUAUUCAAUUUCCCCUCGAAUAUAGAAGCUCAUUUAUUCAACCAUUCCAUGUUAUUUCGUCCCGUGAUUUCCCCCAGCUUUAUGGCCCUUCACUCUUCGUACUUGUGAUAGUAUUUAAUAAUAUAUAGCUGUUUCCAGUGAAUAUGAGGGUAUAAUUCGCUUUCCUACCGUUUUUUACUUAUUUUUCGAUAAUCUAUAUGGCCCCUCGUCGUGCCAAAUCCAAUAUUGGGUUCUUUUCCGAUCCGUCUAGGUUGUGUUUCGAAAUGUGCCGAAAUGAAGUUUUAUUCGUCUUUUUUCCAAAGAAAAGCAAAAAAUUUUGAUUUUCCCCUGGGAGGUUACUUUGCCGUUUCGCUCAUCUUCUAAAAUUGUUAUGUUGAGGUUUUUAAUAGUUUUUCGAUUGUUGCUAGUCUAAUGACGUCACUUUUUCCUCCAGAACAUAUGAUGACGUCUACUAGGUCCUUCUAGACGUUUUUUUUUUCAUUUUGACUGUUUUUUCAGAGAAUUUCAGGCCAACGAUGGCUUCUAAAGACGUCAGAAUGAUUUUCGACGUCGUCAGGUCUUUCGGAAGCCUUCUGAAUGUGAGUUACCAGCUUUCAUGACGUCAUUUUGAGAAUUCUGAAACGAUUUUCAAGAAGAAGUUAAGGUGUAGUUUUCGAGGUUUUUUUUUCAAUUUCUAAGAAGAGUGACGUCAUCUAGAUUUGAACUGAUUUCUGCUGAUUUUUUUCAAAAUGUUCCAAAUGUGAUCUUAACUCAUCAACAUCACUUUAUCGCUUUUUUCAAUAGUUUUGAAAAUUUUUGACGACUUCUUGAGGAUUCUGAAGCCUUCUGAAGUGCAUUACGAUCCUUCAGAAGACGUUGCAAAGUUUGGAAGCCUUUUCGAAAAGAUCUAAGCUGUGCUAAUGAUUUUUGAAUCAAUCUAAAGGAGUUUCGAAGCCUUGACGUCGUUAUCACUUCAGAGAACCUUCCUUGACGUCAUCUGAAGGUUUCUGAAAACCUUCUGACUUCAUCCGAAUGCUUCUGAAGAGAUCUAAAAAAAAUUCAAAAGUCGAUGAAACAUCUUUGACGACGUCCAAGUCAGAGUUUGAACUAGCAAACUGAUUUUUGAAGUCUUGUCGUCGUCAUCACUUCAGAAAACCUUAUUGACGUCAUCUGAGUGAUUCUGGAGACAUUCGUCGUCGUCUUAAUGCUUCUAGAGAUUUUUAGAACUAGUGAUAACAGUCGAUAAAACAUUUUUGACGGCAUCUAAAAUGUUUUGAUGUUUUUUGAGGGAAUCCAUUGUGUUUUUUGAAAGCCGUCUGAAUACUUCUGAGAUUCUUUUGACGUCAUCUGAAUGCUUCUGAAUCAAGUGAAUUCGUCUCAGAAGUCGUGGAGAAGCCAAAAAGUUUUUCUGGCGUUAUCCAGACGAUUUUUGAGGCAAUCGACUGUAGUUUUUGAAACCUGUACGUCGUCACAACUUUGGACAUCUUCUUAACGUCAUCAAAAUAAUUCUAGAGACUUUGCGACGUCAUCUGUAAGCUUCUGAAGUCCUCUAGAACAAGUGAAACAUCUCAGAUGUCGAUGAGAAGCUCCAAAACCUUUUUGACGUCGUUCUAAUCGUGCUGAUAAUUUUCAAGCCAAUCGGCUGUGAUUUUUAAAGUCCUGACGUCGUCACAACUUCAGAAAACCCUCUUGACGUCAUCUGAAUACCUCUUGCAGUCUUUUGACGUCACCCGGAGCGUUCCAAACCGGCUGACAUCACUUCAGAAUCCCGAAAAAGCUUCAGACCCCAUUUCAUAACCGCCCAAAACUUCCUCAUUUCGAUGACGUCGUUCUUUUCGGAGCUCGGCUUAAAAGGCCCACAUCACGAGUUUUCUCCGAAAAAAGAUUCAGAAGCGUGCCAGAAGAAGAAGACGUCCUUAAGCCCCAUCAUAAGAGUGAAGGGCCGCGAUUCCUCAUUCUUCUUCCAAGCGAGAUUAAAAAGGAGCAACCACCGUAAUCCUGCCCUUGGAGGCGUGGCUUCCCUUCGUAUUCCUCGGCUCUUCUUCUGAAUUCGACGGCACGACGUCGUCGACGCUGCUGACGACGCUUCUGGAGCUCGUGACGGUCGACAAAGUCCGACAGUGUCCCUGGGAACGGCCGCAGAAAGGAUGGAACAGUCCGACGAACGUCUCAAGCGGCUCAUUGCCAAAGGUUUCCUGGUGAUUCUGAAUCGGUGACGUCAUUUUCUUGGAUUUUCAACAGUCGCAGAGUUCUUCUUCGUAUGCUGAUGACGUCAAAAAUGAAUUACGAUGUCAUCGGUACUUCUGAAAGGAGUGACGUCAUAGUUUUUAUUGCCAGAAGUCUCCCGAAGACGUUGAGGAUUCUGAAGUGGUGACGUCACUUUUUCAAAGUUCCUUAAUGGUCGGAGGAUAUCUGUUGUAAAAAACUAUUCAUUUGGUAAUUACUUCCGAGGGUUCAGAUAAUGUAAAUAAUAAAUUAUGACGUCAUCGUUUCUUCUGAAGCGAUAUAGUGAUGUCUUAAACUUUAUUCUCAAUGGUUUCCUGAAGACGUUACCGGUUCUGAAUCGGUGACGUCACUUUUUUUAAUGAUUCAAUAGUCAGUGAAUAGCUGUUGUAGGAAAGUUACCAUCUGAAAAAUUCUUCCGCGGGUUCAGAUGACGUCAAAAAAAUUAUGACGUAAUCGUUUUGUUGCUGAAAGUUUUCUGAAGACGUUAGUGAUUCUGAAUUUGUGACGUCACUUCUUGAAUUUACUUGAGAGUUGAUUUGCUUCAAAACGCUACUGUUAACCAAGGUAGUAGGCUUUCUUUCUCUAGAUGACGUCACUUUAAUAAAAUCGAGAAUGACGUCACUAAUUUUUUCAGUAGCUUUUUUGAAAAGCUCUUUUGCUUCGGAAGCUUGAGAGUGGCUUCUUAACAAAUUUUUGAAGAAAAAUGACGUCAUUAGAAUUAUCUGAACCUUUCCAAUGAUGUCAUAGAUUUAAUAGAGACUUUAUUUUUUUUUCCGCGAUUUCUCUGGAUUUUUUGACUUUUUUUUCUCAAUAAAGUCUUUCGCCCCUGGAGUGACCACUUCAGGAUUACAGAUCUCUGUUUUUUUCUGAUGACGUCAAAAACAUGAGUCUUUGUUUGAAUCAAUAUUUAUUCCAGAAAUCCUGCCCCAAACGCAAAAUUGGGAAGCGACGGAAGAAUUUCUGAAUCGCAUCGUUGAGGUUUCAUCUAAUUUUUCUAGCAAAAUCCUAAAGUGACCACUUGAGGUGCUACUCAAGUACAUUCGCGACGAGAAUGACCGGGAUCAGAAGAUUUUGGAAUUCCAUCAUCCGGACAAGAUGCAGAUGCUCAUCGACCUCUCGAUUCCAGAGAAACCCGAAAAUCUUCUCUCCUUGGUGAAGGUAUUGCUUAAGGGAUUUUUCGGAAAGGUCUUUUGAGAGGCGGAUGUUUAAGGGGACACUUAAGGGAAGAGUUAUGAUUUUUGAGAGAUCACUUUAGGGUUGAAAAGCGAUAAAUUAGAUAUUAGUAUAGUUAUUUUUGAUUAACAAUUACUCUUGAAGAUUAUGUAGCAACUUGAAAAUUUUGAAGGGAUCAUUUUAGUGAUGUCCUGAGGAAGACUGGAGUGACCACUUUAGGGUUACAGAUCGAAAAAUACUUUUGAAAGACUUUUUUCAGUUAUUUUGACCAAACGUCAUUUAGUGAUCACUUUAGGGGCUAUUAAUUUGAAUAAAGGAAAAAGUUUUUUUCUUUUGUUUUUUCUCGGACAACGCCAGACAGACGUGCUUCGGACGUUUCUGGGCGAUUCUAGGGAUCACUUAAGAGUUUUGAGGCUACUAAAGUGGUCACUAGAAAUCCCUUGACAUGUCCGAUUUGUGUUACCAAGGUCUGAGCGCGUAAUUUGCGGUUUAUUUUCAUUUUUGGAGCAUAAAGCCUUUUUCUGAGCUCAUUUUUCAUGACAGGAACAGGUUUUUUCUAUAAUUUUCAACGAAAUAGCUAUUAUCUCAAUUAUUCCAUACUCCUUCCGAGGAAAAACAGAAAAUCUUAGGGCUUACUGCCAAGAAGUAAAACUACUAUUCCUUAUGUAAAAGUUCCAUUUGAAAUGUUUCCAAAAGCAUCGUUGAUGGAAAUUUAUCCGUGGAGCGCGAUUAUGACGAUUCUUCGCGGCUUUUUUUUCACCAUUCAGUUAUUUUUAGAGCUCUUUCGAAAAUUUGUAAGUUAGAGGAAGGAAACAUCUUUCUGUGGUUCAAAAAUUUCAUUGGAAGAGGCAACUUGGGAUACUUUUUUGAAAUUUUUGGAGAUGAAAUCCUUUUUUUCUGAACUAUUUCUGACCAUUUUUUAAGCCCCUGACAAAGUUGAAAAAUUUGUCCAUGCCAUAAUUUUGAAAUUUUCUCCAGAACUCGUUUUCUUCAUAUAUAUUUUGAACCAACUUUCGAAGCCAGGAACAGAUUUUUCCUAUUUUCGAAGAAAUAGCGAUUCUCUCAGUUAUACUCCUCCCAAGGAAAAUUCAUUGGGCUGUUUGCCAAGACGAAAAAGCCUCCUUUCCUUUGCCCCCUUUAUGACGCCCUGAGGCGCUUCUUCAAGCCCCCCCACUUUUCAUGGAAGCUUUUUGAGGCUUAUUGAAAUGUCUCUCCCGCGUUUUGGAGAUUUUUCCUUGGGGAAGUAAUGUUUUUGGAAGAUAUAAGGAAUACCCUUGAAUGGAAGAAAUUUGAAGGAAAUGAAGGAAAUAUCUUGCAAAUUUAGAGCUGCGAAACGGUCCUGAGCCUCGGCGUCCGUACGGGACAUCCGCGAUUCUUCAAUCAGGUAAAAAUUUGAUUUAUAAUGAUUAUCAACUGGUUAUCAAUAAAGUUAAAAAUUUUUUUGUUUGAACUCUUAAAAAGGGCUUCUUAAGGGGUUUUAGAAGGAUUAUUAGUUUUUCUUUAAAUUUCAAGUUUUUUUCAUGUUUUUCAGCGGUUUUUUUUAAUUUCAAUAUCAGUUUUUUUCUAUUAAAAUUAACGUUAUUUUAGAUUUCUUAUAUUUUUUUAAAAACUAUUAAAUUAUCAAACAAUCAAAAAAUAGAUUUUUUUUCAGAAUUUCUGUGGUUUUUCUAUGUAAAAAUUGGUGAUUUUUGAAGAUUUUCUGUAAUUUUCGACCUUUAUUUUUUUAUUUUUCCUCUCUGAUUUUUUUCAGUGUUUCGCAUUCCUGGAGGUUUUUCAAAGUUCAAUAUCAUUUUUUUCGGAGAAAUUAAAGAUUUCUCAUGAUUUUUUUGAAUUUUUAUCAUCAAUUUAUCCCUAAAUUUUGAAAUUUUUUUCUCGAGGUUUUUUUAAAAAUUUUAUCGUAAGAUAAUGUAUGAAAAAAAUAUGGAAUUUCUUCAGAUUUAGUUUUUUUGAGUUUCAUCUUCAAGAUAUGAAUUUAAAAAAAGGUGACUUUUUUUUCUUUGAGAUUUCCUGACUUUUUUUCAAAUUUUAUUCACAGUUUUAACUCAAAAAAUUUGAACUUUUCUCCGGAAUUCUUAUUUAUUUUUUUAAUUGUCUGAUUAACUUCUUGUUAGAAAUCGAACUUUUUUUAAAAAAAUUCCAUGAUUUUUUUGAUUUUUUUCUGUGAAAUUUAUUGAAUUUUAUCAUAUUUUUUUAACUUAUUCAGGCAAUAUAUAAAUAAAAAAAUUAACCUUUUUACAGAUUUCCUGUGGUUUUGGACCUGGUUUCGAUGGCCGGCGAGUGGCUCACCGCCACGGCCAACACAAAUAUGUUCGUUUUUUCCUAAUUUUUGUUUGAUUUUCCAAGAUUUUGAGCAAGUUUUUAUAAUCUCGAAGGCAAAAGGACCAUUGAUUUGAAAAACUCAAAAUUUUAUUUCAGAACUAGUUGAAACGUUAAGGUCUCCUUUUUUUUUUAAUUGGUGAGAACGAGGAUUUUUUUCCUUGUCAUUUUUCGAAUUUAGCUUGAUUCUACGCAUUUACAACUUUAAAGGAAUUGACAUUUAUAUGCCCUUUUUUCAGUUAUUUUUCAUUUGUGCCGCAUAAUAUGGCAGAAAAAAACUAUAUCAAAAAAUCAUCAGAAGCCUAAGGAAAUCAGCAAAAUUAAGAAUUAUCUGUUUUUUUUUUUCGCUUUUUCAUUACGCCGCAGCUUGCAACUUUUCCUUUGUGAAAUGAAAUUAAAAGGAAAUAUCGCAUUUUUCGUUUUCAUUACGACACAGCAACACUUGAAUCAGCCCUCUUUGGAAAGUUCAAAAUUUUCAAAAGUUUUUUGAAACAGUAAUCCUCCGCAGACCUUGAUAACGCAAACCGGACGUGUCGGGGCACUUUGAGUGAUAGAUUCAGCAGGGUCAGAACUCUUGAGUGACCCCUAGAGCUUCUUAAAAAUGUUCGGUUUUCGCUGGACAUUGGUAACGCAAACGGUACUCGAAUCGGACGUGUCGGGGCAUUUCUAGUGGUCACUUUAGUAGCCUCAGCACUCUUGAGGGAUUCCUAGAAUUGCCCAGAAACGUCCGGAGCACGUCCUUUUCGCGUUACCAAUGUCCGAGGAAGUCCGAGACCUUUCAAAUUGGUCACUGGAGCGCAUUUACUGAUAGGAGGAUAAAAGUUGGGAGUUUAGGCAUAUUUCUACAGAAAAGUAUGGAAAAAUGAAAAAAAAAAUCAGAAAAUCGGUCGCAAUGCUCUAAUUUUAGGUUUACCUACGAAAUAGCGCCGGUUUUUAUUCUGAUGGAAAAGUCGGUGAUGGCCAGAAUGUGGGAAGCGAUCGGAUGGGACGUCGACAAGGCCGACGGGAUUUUCGCCCCGGGUGAGGGAAAGGAAGCCGAAGCGAAAUAAAUGGGAAAAACAUUGAAUUUGGUUUAAAAGGAAAAAAGGAUAAGAAAACAGCUAGGAAUUGUGGGAUUUAAAAAAUUAUUUUUUUCUGUACGAUUCAGGGCAAAAAUUCAUCGUUGCGAGCCUGGUUUUCUGUAAAAAAAAUUUCGAAAAAAAAUACAUUAUUUAAAGUUCCAAGGAAAAGAAAAGCUAAACAUAUACUUUUUGCGCAAUAUGAACGUUGAAAGUUUUCGGAAUUCCGAUCAGUUUUUUCAAAGGAAAAAAGUAACAGAAUGAAUUUAUAUGUUCAUGAAAGCCUUUGGGAAUACAAAACAAUACGAAAUUGUACUCAAGAAAAUCGGUUUUCUUCAAAAAAAAAAGGCCGAUUAAAAAUGGUCUUUUUCCUAUAAGACAAGAAAUUAUUCAGGAGGCUCAAUCGCGAAUUUGUACGCUAUGAACGCGGCCCGUCACCAUUUGCAUCCGCGAAGCAAACAUCUCGGAAUGAAGGACAUCCCGACUCUUUGCGCCUUCACUAGCGAAGAUGUCAGUUCUUUUUUUAUUCCAAAUUUAGCCCUGGAGCGCACUUGUGCAUGCUUAAAAAGGCUUGUCAGCCCUUCUCUAAGCUCAUCUGUCAUCAUCGGUUUAUUCAUUUUACAAUAAACAAAAACAUUUCUAAGGUCCAUAAGAACUCUUAUUAGAAAAAGUAGGACAAGGGGCAUUUUGAAAAAUUAGAAGAAAUUUUUUUAGAAAAGGUGUAAAUACAGAAAUAUUUGCAAUCUGUAAUUUUCCAUGUGAAAUCACAGCUUGGACAAUAAAUAAUGGAAGCGGAUAAUAGCCUUGGGAUGUUUUUUUUUCGAAGAUUUGAGCUUUUUUUCAUUCUCAAAGUUUCUUCGCGAAGAUUCCGUACCAUUGAAUGGCAAUAUGGGAAGAAGCUGUGGCAAAAACUGGCAUUAAUUCGGGGAUCGAACUUGUAACGGUCCUCCUCGAACAAGAGUCUUUAGCCACUCGGCCAUCAAAUGAAUUCUUGAGCUACAAUUUCGUUCUACUUGACAAUUUUCCGAGAGAAGCUGCAUUUGAAAAAUAAAGCUGAAGUAGAUUUUACAAAAAAGGGUUAUUCCUAUAUUUUAUGUUUCUUUUGAGUUGUUUCACUGUGGUUUCCUUGAAAAAUUGGUUACAAACUCCAAAAAAUUAAGCCGAAAGAAAUCAGCAAAAAAGCCUCCCCGAGAACGAGGACCGAACCAAGAAGUGUCUCCCUCAAACCAAACCUUCUAACCGCUUGACCACCAUCUCAUUUUAUCACAUUAUAGAGCCACUACUCGAUCAAAACCGCCGCUGCCGUCUGCGGAAUCGGAACAGAUUACUGUUUCAACAUUCCCACCGACCGACACGGGAAGAUGAUACCCGAAGCGUUGGAGCGCAAAAUCAUCGAAGCCAAAAAAGAUGGUAGGCUUUUUGAAGGCUAGAAACAUUUUUUUGACAAUCUUUAGCUUUGAAAAAAGUCGCGAAACUGUAAUUUUUGAAGAUUUUUGAUUUUUUUUGGAUGCUUUAAGGAUGGGAAAAGAAUAGUCUAAACACAUGUGAGUUCGAAAAAAAGGUGAUAGAAAGGCUCAAAAUUGCACUUUUUAAAUUCAACGGCUUGGACCUUGGUAACGAAAACCGGACGCACUCUGAGCGAUUCUAGGGAUCACUUAAGAGUUCUGACGCUACUAAAGUGGUCACUAGAAACGCCCCGACACGUCCGAUCCGCGUUACCAAAGUCCUAGUAGCUCACUAUUUCCAAAAUCUAGUUGUCAUUGGAGCGCAAAAGGUCCAUGUUACAACGGCCGUUUUUUCGCGGCUUUCCAUCAUUUUUCUAAUGUAAAUCUUGAUUUUUGCAGGUCUGACCCCGUUUUUCGUGUGCUGCACGGCUGGCACCACCGUCUAUGGGGCUUUUGACCCAAUCGAAAGGGUGGCCGACAUUUGCGAGACCCACAAACUCUGGCUUCAUGUUGAUGUUCGUUUUGCAUCCUACAGUAGUUUUUGAGAGGGUUACGGUAGGGCUAAAGCUGUCAAACAUUCUGUCGGAAAAUUGAGUCGAAAAUUUCAGAUUUAGACAUAGGAAGUGUCCAAGAGAUUAUCACAAAUAGUCCAUAUUUUCCUGGUACUGUAAAUUCCUACAGUUAUUUUAUUCAAAGCUACAGUACCUUCAAGUUUUUUCGUCCCUUUAUCGAUACAGUAACGGUUACUGUAAUUCAAUUGGACUUUUACAAAAUGCCUGUGUCGUUUUGAAACAGAAAACGGAAAUUUCCUUGAUUCUAGCGGCUACAGUGUCCCUAUAAGUUUCCGGAUACUGUAGCCGCUGGAAAUAAAAGUCUCAAAGCUCCGUUAUACCCAAGGAAGAGCGAUUUUUGAAUGAAGCUAAAAAAUCAAAAUUUUUCUUGGCUCAAUAAAAAAUCUCCUAGUUUGUCUGGAAAGAUUCAAAACCUCCUCGAAACCGUUCAAUGAAUUCUUAAUACUGUACAGACUUCUACCGUAUGCCAAUUUUCGUUUUCCUAAAAAUAAUCUUUAUUCCACUUCAAACAAGGCAGAAGCUUUAAAAACGACUCUUUGAGCAUCUUCAGAACCAUCUGAUCGAUUUAUCUUACCGUACCUUCUUCUAUGACAAAAAUGACAAAAAUUUUGGAAGCUACAGUACCUCCAAGGCAUUUUUAAGCUUUUAUAAGUACAGUAAUGGUUACUGUAGUUCGAUUGAACCUUUAAAAAAUGCCUGUGUCGUUUUGAAACAGAAAACUGAACUGCUCUUGGUUCUAGCGGCUACAGUAUCCCUACAAGUUUCCGGAUACUGUAGCUGAUACGGUAGCUUAAUUAAAACCUCCUUAAAGCUCAGCUAUACCCAAGGGAGAGCGAUUUUGGAACGAAGCUUAGAAAUCAAAAUUCUCUUGGCUCAACAAUGAAUAUCCUAAUUAGUCUGGGAAGUUUCAAAGUCUCUUCGAAACUGUUCAAUGGAUUUUAAAUACUGUACUGAUUUCUACCGUAUGCCAAUCUUCGUUUUCCUAAAAAUAAUCUUUAUUCCACUUCAAACAAGGCAGAAGCUUUAAAAACGACUCUUUGAGCAUCUUCAGAACCACCUGACUUUUUCUCAUCACCGUAUCUUCUUCUACCGUAUGCCAACAGUUAUUUCCAGGCAGCCUGGGGAGGAGGUCUUUUGCUGUCUCCGGAACAUCGUUACCGCCUUGCCGGAAUCGAACGCGUCAAUUCGGUGACCUGGAAUCCGCACAAGAUGAUGGGCGCCCUGCUCCAGUGUUCGGCUUGUCUUUUCCGACAGGAUGUGCGUAUUUUUCAUUCCAGAAUGAGUUGAGAAUCACUUCGACUCGAAAGUGUUCAUAUAAAAUUGCAAAACAUACAUGGCAUAGGACCUGAAAAUGAAGGGGGGGGGGUUUGCAAGAACCGUAAAAAAAGUUUUCAGGAAGCCCCCUGGACGGCGCUAGUCCGAUCUUUAAAAAAAAAAAUCAAACAUUCAUUUUGUAAAGUUCAACUGAUUGGCAAAAGCGAUUUUUUAUUCUUAGUUAAAGGCAUAGGGGCAGUAAAAAAUGGGGUUUCAGGUGAAAGCAGUAUCUUAUAUAGUUUUUCUUUGCGAAUCGAAAGGUGUACUCAAAAAAAUUACAGAUGUGACAACUGUAAAAGAAAAACGCGAUUUUACUUUCCCGCCUUUAAUUUUGAAAAAAGCUUUGGAUCGGUAUACAGACGCUUUUGUGGCGAAAAGAACUUUGGUGACAACAGAAAGAAUUGAAAUUUGAAAGAAACGAAGAAAAAAGCGAAAAUCCGGAAGAUGGCGAAGCCUGUUGUCCAUAGAGCAACUUUACUGCAUAGCGCCCUUUUCGCGGGAACUCAAACCCUCCCUCCGACUUUGAAUUAUUUUUUCUCCAAAACUAGGAAUUUUGGUACGUUUCCAAGUUCACCGUUCGAUUCGCAAUGAAAAGCUCUACGAAGUACUGCUUUGAACUGAAACACCGUUUUUUUUUUUUACUGCCCCUGUGCCUUUAAAAGUGAUCGGAGAAAAAGACUAUGCUCAUCCCAUGUAUGAUUUCGGAUCGGUAGAAGCCGUGUUUUUUUCUUUAGGAAAUCUAAUGCAAACGAAUCUAUUCGGCGCUUUCAAUUCAUUUUGGGACGUAUAUCUACUUUUUUGUGUAUAUAUACUGUCGCCAGUCAUGCUCAUCCCAUGUACUCGGGCAAAGUCGGAAUGGUGGAUAACGGCUGCUAAAAGGGAGAGACUCAAAAAAGGCCGCAGACAGGCAGCGAAAGGCAGAAAAGAGACUCCCUUUAUCGAGCCUUCCACUUUUCUGGGAUUCCAAAGGCUCAAGAAAUGGUAGAGAAAGCGAGAGGCAGCAAAAAUGGUGCAUAAGGGCUGAGAAAAUGGAGCAAAAAGGCAGCAAAAAGAGAGCCUUCAUCACCCUAAAAGGAACAUUUCUAUGGUCCUUUAUGGACCCUCGGAGGGUCCUUCCGACUUUGCCUAUGUAUGGUGCAAAAGGAGUGGUUAUUUUUUGCUCUUUUUUAAAAACCGGCUUUUUUUUUCUUGACCUUUAUUCGUCCUAACUUUCAAACGUCUAAAUAUCGACCAUGUUUCGAGCUUUUGCAGGGAAUUAAAAAAAUUGAAAAAUGCAAAAAGACCUUUUAUAGCCAAUUUCAUGGUCCUCUGAAGACUUUUUGUCAUUUCCUUUGUUUACAUCAGUUGCAUGUAAAAAAAUGGAGGAAACUUCAAAAAAAUGUAUAAAAAUUGAAGAAAAAAAUGAAAUUUUUUUGAACCGAGUUUAUGGUGAUUUUCCCAUUUUUAGAAAAAUUCCAUUUUCAGGGGCUCCUGUUCCAGUGCAACCAGAUGUCGGCCGAUUAUCUGUUCCAACAGGUUCCUUUUUUUAUUUAUCCAUGAAAAAAGUUGUCUUUUUUCUUCACAUUUUUUUAAAUAAUUUUAAACUUUGCAAAAACACAAAAGAUACUACAAAAUUGCUCGAAAUCCUUCUAUAACUGUCAAAAAGUCUCAUCGAAACGAGAAUUUUUGAAAAAGUUUCAAAUUUCGGAGCCUUUCGAUUCGUGAAUAACGGACUAUAUAUUGUUCAAUUUUUGAAAAUGAUCAAAUUGAGGACAAACCGUACGACGUCAGUUUCGACACUGGCGACAAGGCCAUUCAAUGCGGACGACAUAAUGACGUCUUCAAGUUGUGGCUCAUGUGGAAGAGCAAGGUUUUUAGAUAUUUUUCCGAGUUUUUCACCAUUCCAAUGCGGGCCAGGUAUUUCAACGGGUGUACCCGUUUUUAGCCGUCUUUUUGAAGCCAUUUGAGCCUCAGUAGGGCCAAGACGGGGAAAUAAAGAAAAGAGACUCAGCUUGGUUUAUUUCAAAAAUCUGAAAACCAACUGGACUCAUGGGGAAGAGCAGGGUUUUUAGGUAUUUUUUCCUGAGUUUUCCACCAUUCCAAUGCGGGCCAGGUGUUUCAACGGGUGUACCCGUCUUAAGCUCGUAUUUUUUGAAGCCAUUUGAGCCUCAGUAGGGCCAAGACGGGGAAAUAAAGAAGGGAGACUCAGCUUGGUUGAUUUCAAAAACAUGAGACUCCCUGGUGCCUCAGCUGUUUUGAUAGUCCUACCAGUUGUGUUCAAACGGGUUCAAUACGGGCAGACCCGCUUACAGCCCGUUUUUGCCCACUAGAAAAUAACCAUGAUUUUCCAGGGAAUGGAAGGCUAUCGCCAGCAAAUCAACCGCCUCAUGGAUUUGACCUAUUAUUUUACGAAACGAAUCAAGGAAACUGAAGGAUUUGAGCUGAUCAUCGAAAAGGUGGAUUUUCAAACUUCAGAAGAAGUUUCCGAAAAGAAAUAUAUUCCAUAAAAAGUUCCUAGAAUCUUGAAAAAUGCUCGGAACAACAUUUUGAAAGCGAAAAACCAGCUGUGAAGCCCCGGGAACAUUUCCCAGAAAAGGCUCUGCGCCUUUAAUUCCAUGAUUUUUUUCCGAGAGUUUAUAAAAGGAACCCUUUACGAACAUCAAUUACAUCGUUCUCCAAAAAAUGAGUUUCGCUGAAAAAAUUAAUCAAAAGCAGCGAUGUCAUUUUCCGGCAAAACUUUCAAAUUUUCCAUUUUUCGAAGUCGAAAAUGAAAUUUAUUUGAUACAAAAACAUCUAUCUGAAUAUAUAACUUGAAAAAAACGAAAAAAACAUCGAAACCAUUUUCUAAAUAAUCAUAUGCGCCUUUAAAUUUGUAUCUUCCAGCCUGAACUCCUCAACAUUUGCUUCUGGUACGUGCCGUCGAAAAUCCGCAACCUGGACGCCGCUGAAAGGACCGCCCGUUUGGAAAAGGUAGGAGACCAAUUUUGAAAACAACCCCUGCGCCUUUAAUUACUUUUUUAUUGCUCAGUGUUGUUCAUCACCUAGAACGAGAAAAUUUAAUAUUUUUACAACAGUAAAGUUAUUAUAGAGGUUUGAUUAAAUAAGCUGCAAAAUAACAAGACCAUUUUUCAAUAGAUGCUGUGCGCCUUUAAAUUUUUCUGACUUUUCAUUUUCUUUUCCGAAGAAAGGUUGCAGUUUUCGAAAUUAUUAUGAUUUACUUUGUUUAUUAUAAACGAUAAAAAUGAUUUCAAUCAAUUUAUUUAGUUUUAUCAAGAGAGCGCACUUGUAGAUAAUUAACAGCCGAAUUCCGAUUUUUUUAAAAUUUUUUUAGUUGCUUUUUUUUCAAGAUGAAUGUUCUCUUUAACAUUUUAAUUUAAAAGCAGAUGAAAGAUUUUCAGAUCGCCCCAAAAAUCAAGGCGGAAAUGAUGGUUCGCGGCACCACAAUGGUCGGUUACCAGCCGGACAAGCAGAGGCCCAAUUUCUUCCGGAUGAUUAUUUCCAAUCAGGUUUUUUUACUCAAGAAAAAAUUGAUAGAAGAAAUUGAAAAACUUGUGGAAAAAUGCAAAAAGUUGCGGUCAAGUCUGAUUUUCGGACCGCAACACAUUUUUUCCUUCUCAUCUCGAUUUUGGGCCGAAGCCCGUCAGCUUUUAGAAAUGAGCUUCUUUAUAUAGUCUCCAAAAAAAUCUGCGUCCGACUUGUCACGGUUCACGCAAUUAACAUUUUAUAAAUUAUCUCAAAUUUUUUUAGCAUUUCUAUCAUUUUAAGGUGAGUUUUGAGUUUGAAAGUGGACGUUAGAACCUUUUUUUCUUUACUAUAUUCAAUAAAUUGGUGAGCUUGUAACUUUGCGUCAGACUUUCACCGGUUUACGCCAAAAAGCCCCUCAUCACCUAUUUUUUUCACUAUUUUAAAAAUUUUUUUAAGAUUUUAAAAUUAAAAAAAUUUGAAGUUUAAAAUUUUUUUGCACUUGAUGGUGAGCAGCAAUUUUUUUAUGCAUUUUUUUCUUAAAAGUUUCGGGAGGCACAACUAUGCAUCCAACGUUAAGCGGUUUUACGCCAUUAGGGUCGAAUUUUUUUUUUCUCUUUCACUUGAAAAAAACUUUUUUUUUCUUUCCUUUUAUUUGAAGUUUUUGUUCAAUAUAGUGUUAUGCAUUCUAUAAAGUUGGCUUGACACAUUAACUUACGAAGGAAAAAUCGGAAGUACUUUUUUUAAAAAUUUAUUUUUUUGUCAUUUUUUUGGAGUAUUUUUUUUAUCUUGAAUCGAUUCAAUUUUGCUUCAAAUAGACAAAUUCGGAAAAACUAACUAUUUCAAAAAAACAAUCCUUUUUACUUUUUAAAAAAAUUUCCAGGCGAUCACCCACGACGACUUGGACUUUCUCAUCAAGGAAAUUGUCGACAUUGGCGAAUCGCUUUAA